AUGCACCCUCCAUCUCUUCCCCACGGCCUAGCUUUGGUGGCGGCGGGCCUCUUCCCAACCGUCCUCGCCGCUACAUCCAAAGUCCAAACUAUCGCCGUCGACGGUACCUCCUUUGCCCUCAACGGCGAGGGCGUGUCGUAUCGGUUCCAUGUCGAUAAUGCCACGGGCGACCUGCUCGGUGACCACUUUGGCGGGCUAGUCCCUGAAAAUGGGCUGAUACAACCCAUUGACAACAUCCAGGGCUGGGUGACGCUCGUCGGCCGGCAGCAGCGCGAGUUCCCGGACCUGGGCCGGGGCGACUUUCUGAGCGAGCUGCGGUACCAGUCGCACGAGAUGGUAAGCGGCAAGCUGGCGCUAAAGGGCCUGCCAGCGACGUUUGGCGGCGACGAGGAUGUGUCAACGGUCGUGGUGCACAUGUAUGACAACUACAGCGCUAUCGCGGUGGAUCUCAUGUAUAGCAUCUUUCCCAAAUAUGACGCCAUUGUGCGCAGCGUCAACUUGACCAACAAGGGUAAUGCAACCAUCACCCUGAACAAGCUGUCGAGCUUCAGCGUCGACUUGCCGUAUGCCGACUACGACUUGGUCCAUCUCAAUGGUGACUGGUACCGCGAGGCUCACAAGGUGCGCCGCCACGUAGAAUAUGGCUCGCAGGGCAACGCGGGCUACUCAUCCGCGCAGCACAACCCUCUCAUGGCCCUCGUCGACCCCAGCGCCACCGAGUCGCAGGGCCAGGCUUGGGGCUUCUCCCUCGUCUACACGGGCUCGCAUUCGUUUGAGGUCGAAAAGGGCUCCGAGGGCCUGACGCGUGCCUUGGUGGGUGUCAACCCGCUGUCUUUUUCCUGGCCGGUGGCGCCCGGUGAGACGUUUACCUCGCCCGAGGUUGUCGCUGUCUACUCGGACCAAGGGCUGGGCGGCAUGUCGCGCAAGUUCCACCGCCUGUACCGCAAGCACCUGAUCAAGAGCAAAUUUGCGACCGAGACCCGGCCUGCGCUGCUCAACAGCUGGGAGGGUCUGUAUUUUGACUACAACGAGACAACUAUUGCGCGACUGGCCCGGCAGACGGCGGAGCUGGGCGUGCGCAUGUUUGUGCUCGACGACGGCUGGUUUGGCGACAAGUACCCGCGCGUAUCGGACAAUGCUGGGCUGGGCGAUUGGGUGCCAAACCCAGCUCGAUUCCCGUCUGGCUUUGACAAACUGAUUAGCAAUAUUACGAACCUGAAGACAAGUAACUCGUCGCAGAACCUCAAAUUUGGUCUGUGGUUUGAACCGGAGAUGGUAAACCCGAACUCGACCUUGUACGUGGACCACCCGGACUGGGCCUUGCACGCGGGCAACUACCCGCGCACACUCACGCGCAAACAGCUGGUUCUCAACCUGGCGCUUCCCGAGGUACAGAACUACAUUGUCGACGCCGUCUCCAAGAUCCUCAACAGUGGACCCAUCAGCUACGUCAAGUGGGAUAACAAUCGAGGUAUUCACGAAAUGCCCCAUCCGUUUACGGAUCACCAGUACAUGUUGGGCGUCUAUCAAGUGUAUGAUAGGCUCACGACUGCGUUCCCGGAUGUUAUCUGGGAGGGCUGUGCCUCUGGUGGCGCUCGUUUUGACCCGGGUAUUCUCCAGUACUUCCCACAGAUAUGGACGUCUGAUGAUACAGACGCAGUGGAACGCAUCACCAUUCAGACAGGCACAUCACUGGUGUACCCGCCGUCAGCCAUGGCGGCGCACGUCGCGGCAGUGCCCAACGAUCUCACGAAACGCACGACGCCGUUGAGAUUCCGGGCGCACGUGGCCAUGAUGGCGGGCUCGUUUGGGUUCGAGCUGGACCCGGCGCACCUGGAGGAGGAGGACCGUAAGAUGAUCCCCGGCAUCGUGGCGUUACAAGAGAAGAUCAACCCCAUCGUGGUGCAGGGUGACAUGUGGCGGCUCAACCUGCCCGACGAGUCGAACUGGCCGGCGACGCUCUUCAUCUCCGAGGACGGCGAGCAGGCGGUGCUCUUUUACUUCCAACUCAAGGCGCACUUUAACAACCUGUUCCCGACGGUCAAGUUGCAAGGGCUGGACCCGCAGGCCACCUACCAGGUGGACGGCAACAUGACGCUGUCGGGGUCGACGCUGAUGCGGUUCGGACUGCAGUAUACGUUUGAGGGCGACUACCAAAGUCGGGUGGUGAUGCUCGCAAAGGAGUAG